CACCAGCUGGAAAAGGACGCCGAGGCGGCCGCCGCGCUGCAGCCGCCAGGUCAGCGGCAGGUGGACAAGGGGCAGCAGCAGCAGGAGGAGCAGCAGCGGCGGCAGCAGGACCAGCAGGGGGAGAAGCAGCGCAAGGCGGCGGCGCGGCUGCUCGUGCGGCGCCGCAGCGUGCGCGGCGCUGCCGCCGGCGGUGCAGCGGCGGCCGCGGUGGCGCCACGGCGCCGCGGCGUGUUGGUGGGUGCGAGCAGCAUGGCCCGCCAGGUCAGCGCGCGACCGGGCGGCAGCUUCCCGCCAGGACGUCAGGCGGCGCCGGCGGGCCGCGGCCGGCUCGCGCUUGCCGGGGGCGGCGCGGCAGAGCAGCCGGCUCGCGCGGCCGUCAAGCCGGCGUGGCCGUCAUGGCUGACGGGGGAUGACGACACAGGGGAGGAUGAGUCAGCCAGUGGCAGCAGCGGGUCAUCCGACAGCAUGGGCGCCGCGGCGGCCCAGACCGCCCUCUACGCAACGCCACAUGCCAGGCCCGCGCCGCCGCCGCUGCUCGCAGCCAUGGCCGCGCGCCUGCCACCGCCGCCGCCGUUCCUCCCGGCGCCCCCCUUCGGCCGCGGCGGCGGCGGCGGCGCGGCCUCCGGUCCGGUGGAGAGCGCGUUCGCCGCGGCGGCGGCGCUGCCGCCCCCUGGGCGCAGCGAGGAGUCGCGGCUGAGCAGCAUGACGAGCGCCGCAUCUCUGCGCCCGCACCAGCCGCCCCUCCCUGUGUUCGCCGCGGCCCCCAGCGGACCCAACGACUUUGAGGCGUUCCUGAAGCAGCCGAGCGGCACGGCCGGCGCAGGCAGCAGCAGAGUGGCCAGCGCGAGGCCGCCGACGCGCUGA